GGCAGCAAGUUAGAUUGAUCUCUUGGGCUCCACGCAGUGUGUUUGUAUGUAUGCAUGCAUGUGUGUGAGUGUGUGUGGUGCUGCUAUUGCGGUCACGUGUUGUUCUGAGGGAGACGGAGGUGGCUGGAGCAGAGAGAGGGGGCGGCGGGCUGCGCUCCCGGGGACUCGAACACAGACGCUUGUUUUGGUUUAUUUCUCAAGGAAAAGCAGAGUGGGAGAGAGGACGCUUUUGCAGAAACUCCACCAAGUACUGCGUCCCUCUCCUUCCCUGCAGCCAGCCGGCUGUUCCUCACUGUCUGUCUGCCUUUAGCAGCAGCCUUGCCGGGCAGGGUCCCGCACCCCACUAGGACAGAGAGAUAGAGCUCUCCGGUUUCCACCGCGGCUUGGCGGAGCAGGCGGGGGGUGUGAGUGCAUGUACCUGCCCUUUUCGCCCCAUGCCAUGGCACUGAUUGGAGACACACACGGACAGUAAAACCUCUGGCAGCGGUGACAUUGUGGAGAGGUGCCUGGUGUGAGCCCGGUGGGAGAGGAGGAUUACGUGGAAGAAGGAGCUCGAUUAGCAGAGAGGGAUCGGUGCCCCCCCCAGAGGCAACGCAAACUACACUGCAGUGCUGGCAGCUUCAAACUUGGACCGUGGGCUCGGCAGACAGAUGCAGGCAAUGGAUUCCCCCUGGCUCUGUACAUCUGCCCUGCUUCCAUUGGGUAAGGAGUUCCAUCUCUCCCUGUCACUGAAUUUGUGGAUGUAAUAAACACCCGAACCACCUCAAGGAUAUACAAAUACAACGCUGCAAAGUGAACUUCAAGGAUUAAACUCAAGUAUAUUUUUUUUUCACAAGUGGUGCUGAUUGAUCUGUGAAUUUGUAUACUGUACACAUGCUUUAUUAACAAGAAUUCUUAGCAUUUUUGCUCUUUCUGUCUCAUUUGGUACCAUGGCUAGCCCCACAGAUCCACAGGCUCAGGAGAACUUUUCUGAUGUCAGAAAGGUGGGCUAUCUAAGGAAACCUAAGAGCAUGCACAAGAGGUUUUUUGUGCUCAGGUCUGCCAGUGAGUCAGGUUUGGCCCGUUUGGAGUAUUAUGAAAAUGAGAAAAAGUGGAGGCAUAAGUCUGGGGCCCCAAAGAGGUCAAUCCCUCUUGAGAGCUGCUUUAAUAUUAACAAGAGGGCUGAUUCAAAAAACAAACAUUUGGUUGCUUUGUACACAAAGGAGGAAUGCUUUGCAAUUGCUGCUGAAUGUGAACAAGAACAGGAUGGUUGGUAUCAGGCUCUAGUGGAUCUUCACAACCGUGGUAAGACCCACCACCAACACCAUAACCAUGACGGUGCAACCAAUGGUGUACAUGAUGGUUUAAAUGGAGAUGACGUUUAUGGGGAGGUUACUCCUCCAGGACUGGCCUUCAAAGAGGUAUGGCAGGUGAUCAUGAAGCCCAAGGGUUUAGGGCAACUUAAGAAUUUAGUUGGUAUUUACCGCCUGUGCCUCACCAACCGAACAAUAAGUUUGGUAAAACUGAACUCUGAUGCAGCCGCUGUGGUAUUGCAACUUAUGAAUAUAAGGAGAUGUGGGCAUUCAGAAAAUUUUUUCUUUAUAGAAGUGGGUCGUUCAGCAGUCACCGGAGCUGGUGAAUUCUGGAUGCAAGUGGAUGAUUCAGUAGUUGCUCAAAACAUGCAUGAAACCAUACUAGAAGCUAUGAAAGCUCUGAGCGAUGAAUUUCGGCCUCGGAGUAAGAGUCAGUCUUCAUCUAACUGCUCUAAUCCUAUAUCUGUACCUCUUAGGAGGCAUCACCUUAAUCAUCCACCACCCAGCCAGGUAGGACUAAAUAGAAGAGCUCGUACAGAGAGUGUUACUGCCACAUCACCUGCAGGGGGUGUGGCAAAGCAUGGAUCAUCCUCCUCUUUCAGAGUCCGGGCAUCUAGUGAUGGAGAAGGAACAAUGUCAAGGCCAGCCUCCAUGGAAGGGAGCCCAGUAAGUCCCAGUGCUAGCAGAGCUCAGUCGCACCGGCAUCGGGGAAGUUCUCGACUUCACCCGCCUCUUAACCAUAGUCGGUCUAUACCAAUGCCAGCAACUCGCUGCUCUCCAUCGGCUACCAGCCCUGUCAGCUUGUCCUCCAGUAGUACCAGUGGACAUGGUUCCACUUCUGAUUGCAUGUGCCCUCGAAGAUCCAGUGCCUCUGUUUCUGGUUCACCCAGUGAUGGUGGUUUUAUUUCUUCAGAUGAAUAUGGGUCUAGCCCUUGUGACUUUAGAAGUUCUUUUCGCAGUGUAACCCCAGAUUCUUUGGGCCACACUCCACCAGCUAGGGAAGAAGAACUAAAUAACUAUAUUUGCAUGGGCAAAUCCGGUAGUCAUCUCCAGAGAAGUCAGCAGCAGAGGUACCAGCUAAGUCGAGGGGAAGAGCACCCUGACUUUGAUAAGGUUUUUAGAAAGAGGACUCACUCCUCAGGAACAUCACCUCCUACAGUUUCACACCAGAAGACACCAUCACAGUCCUCUAUUGAGGAAUAUACAGAGAUGAUGCCUGCUCAUCCUGUUCGUUUAACAUCAUUUAGACAUUCUGCAUUUGUACCCACCUACUCCUAUCCAGAAGAGUGCCUGGACCUCCAUUUAGAGGGUAGCAGAGCUAACCACACAGAUGACGGAUACAUGCCUAUGUCACCUGGUGUUGCUCCUGUGCCUACAAAAUCAAAUGACUAUAUGCCUAUGAGCCCUAAGAGUGUGUCGGCCCCUCAACAGAUCAUUAACCCAAGACGGCACUCUGCUGUAGAUUCAAAUGGUUAUAUGAUGAUGUCACCCAGUGGUAGCUGUUCUCCGGAUAGCACCAAUUACAGCAAGAUAUGGACCAAUGGUACCAAUCCAAAGUUGUCCAUAGAUAGCAUUGAGGGCAAACUGCCUUGCAGUGACUACAUUAAUAUGUCUCCUGCUAGUGGCUCUACUACAAGCACGCCUCCAGACUCUUAUCUGAAUUCUAUUGAAGAGUCGACCAAGCCUGUAUAUUCCUACUUUUCCCUGCCCAGGUCCUUCAAACAUGUUCACAGGAAAAGUGAAGAUGGCAAUUUGCGCAUCACUGCAAAUUCUGGACAUAAUCUAUACACUGAGGACUCUUCCUCCUCUUCCACAAGCAGUGAUAGUCUAGGGGGGCAGGACCCUCAGCAGCCUAGAAAAGGGGAGACCUGCAUUCAAGGGAAGAGAUUGACCAGACCCACCAGGCUUUCAUUGGAAAACAGCAGUAAGGCCAGCACACUGCCAAGGGCGAGAGAACCUGCUUUGCCCCCAGAGCCAAAAAGUCCUGGGGAGUAUGUUAAUAUAGAGUUUAACGACAAGGUAUUUUCAGGGGGCUUGAUGCCUUCCAUGUGUCCCCUUCCUUUUGUGCAGAGCAGAGUUGUGCCUCAAAGAGAGAACUUGUCUGAAUACAUGAACAUGGAUCUUGGAGUUUGGAGAGCUAAAACUUCCUAUGCUUCCACCUCAUCUUCAUCAUAUGAACCACCAUACAAGCCGGUCAGCUCAGUGUGCCCUACUGAAACUUGCAGUAGUAGUCGACCACCUAUUAGAGGAAAGACAAACUCACGAGACUAUAUGAGCAUGCAACUUAGUGCUCUGUGUUCAGAUUACAGCCAAGUUCCACCUACCAGAAUAACUGCCAAACCCAUUACUCUUUCUUCUAAUAAAAGUAAUUAUGCAGAGAUGUCAAGUGGCGGAGUUUCUGAUAAUAUUCCUGCUAUUCCCCAAACUUCUAACUCAAGCCUAUCUGAAGCAUCUCGCUCUUCCCUUUUGGGCCAGGGCUCUGGCCCUAGCGCCUUUACUCGGGUCAGUCUAAGCCCAAACCGCAAUCAGAGUGCCAAAGUCAUCAGGGCCGGGGACCCACAGGGUAGGAGGAGGCACAGCUCAGAGACAUUCUCCUCUACUCCUACUACAGCCAGAGUUACUUCUGGCCCAGUUUCUGGGGAGGAUGUCAAGAGACAUAGUUCUGCCUCCUUUGAAAAUGUGUGGCUAAAACCAGGAGAGAUUGCCAGGAGAGAUUCCCUUCAGCCUUCUGAUCACACACAUAAUGGCCUGAAUUAUAUUGACUUAGAUCUAGCUAAGGACUUGAGUGGCCUGGAUCAUUGCAACUCCCACCAAUCUGGAGUAAGCCACCCAUCAGAUGACCUGAGCACAUACGCCAGCAUCACUUUCCACAAGCUAGAGGAGCACCGGAAUCAGGCAGAAACAGAAGAUUGAUAAGAAUAACAACAUCUGCAACCUCAGCAAAUAACCUUUUCAAUCUCACGGAUUACAGACUCUCAGAAACCUUUACACAUCACAACAAGGACCUCACAUUCAAGUCAGUAGAUGGUACGCUGCAUCCAGUUCACUUUGUUUACUUUACACGCAAACCUCAGGAGUCAGUCGACUGAACCGCACCUUCCCUGUUGUGCCAAGCGAAAAGCACUGUGACGUCUGUACACAGAGAGUCUUCUCCACUUCACUCUUGAUGUCUAUCUCAAUCUGUUACUCCCAGCACCCUGUCUGGUGUGAAUGGACUUACAACACCUCGCACAUAUUCACUCAUUCAAUUUAUGUUGCUGCUGAAGAUUACAAAAAGAAACUGUAUUACAAAUCUUUGUUGUAAAUUAUUACGUAUAAAAACUGUUAAUGGUUGGUGAAAAUUAAAUAUUUAACAUAGGUUUUGAUUUAUACAUGUACUUUUUUAAUUAAAUCUUUUUUUUUUUUUUCUUCUUUUUUUUGCUAGUUCACAUCUUUUUGAUGUGGAGCAUUGAGGUAUUCUUUUUGUAAACAGAUGGGGUAAUUGCUUAAAUGAUUCUAAAAAAGAAUAUAGGUAGGUACUAUUUUCCUUUUUAAGAUUGUUAUAGAGAAAAAUGUGUCCUAGAUUGCUAGGGUGCUUAUUUUCAGUCCUAUUUAGCAAGAGCUGUAUCAUAACCCCAAUAAUCCAACAGUUUUGCACUUCUGACAGUGAGGCGCUUAACCCCUUCAGUGCCAAAUAGGGCUGCUGCACGAAAGGGAUUAUGUCAUGUAAUUUAAGAGCCCAAUUCUGUAUACUUAUGGGUUUGAAUAAACGCAAACCUCCUUGCACAGGCACCAGAAAUAAAAUCAAGUCUUCCAUUGUAUAUACUGUAAAAAAAAAAAAUAAUAAAAAAAUAAAACAAAAAAAGGGAAAAAAGAUGAAGCAGAAGGUGAAACAAGUGUUUAAAUCAAAAGUCCCUGGAAUGAGCAAUGUGGUUGUUUGUAAAUUCUGAAAAAAAAACUUUCUAUACAUAAUAAACUAGAUACUGUUUAAUUUUC